AUGUCUAGUUGGGAAACAACAGCCCUUCGGCUGCAGGGCAAUGUGACCGCCGACUCAACGCCAAUUCCAUCUCAUAAAAGUCUACCACCAUUACCAAGGCAGAAGACCAAGGCCAGAACUGUUACGGGUGUGAAGGAAGUUUCUGAAAAAGAGGAGGAUGUUAGGACGAAGGGAUGGAAGCCGCUCUCGCUUUCGAUGCCGAUUCUAUCUGCUGUAAUCGCUCUUACGAUCCUACUCGCCAUCGCUGUUGAAACGCUAGCACAACGAAGUGCCUCUCAAGGUGGCCUCGCUUUAUCUCCUACCCUCGGCAGCAUGCCUGGAUACGCCAAGUUUAGCUACCUCUAUGCCCCGACCAUGAUCGCUGUGAUGUACAGCAUGGUAUGGAGUUGGAUUGACCUCGAUGUCAAACGAAUGCAGCCCUGGUUCGAGUUGUCAAAACAUGAUGGUGCUACUGCUGAGAACUCGGUCUUCCUGGACUAUCAGUAUGACUUCGUGGCUUUUGUACCUUUCAAAGCUGCCAAGAGAAAACAUUGGCCUGUCUUUUUCGGGGGUACUGCCAUGGUUAUCGUCUUGUGGGCGCUGACACCCCUUCAGAGUGCCUUACUUGGCACGGCAGUCGUUAAACAGACGAAUGAGAUUGCCAUUGCAAACCGGUCUCAACUUCUCCCAGUUAAGGAGCAUGUCACAGUCCUGGAUCCAAGUUUUCUUAAUACGGGAUACGCCAUAGCCUGGCUCGGCCAACAGUUUCCUGCUUUCACGACCGCUGACUAUGCGCUGCUCCCUUUCUACCCAGACACAACUCCGAGGCUUGAUAAUGACAGGGCAAGGAUAACUGCCUCAUCCAACCUGACAGCAGAAACAACAAAAAUGUGGACUGAGUUAGACUGUUGGCCAGCAGGUAUUGCCAGAUACGGCCCUCGAUCGAAGGAAGAAUUCAACUUUUUCAACGGACAAGGAUGCAAUACGACAGCCGGCUUCGGAAUCACGAGCAAACGCAGAAUGUACUACAUUGGUUUUCAUACCAGCCCCUACGCUGACUUUCAGAUUGCAAAUCCGUUCUGCCCAAGGACUCCGGAUUCGGUUCACCAGUUCCUGGCUGUCUGGGCAAAGCCUAUUCCAGUCGACUGGGACCCUUAUCCUAGCUUCAACAUCUCUGCCAUGUUCUGUCAACCGAAGUACUUUAAGCAAAAGGUUCUAGCGACAGUCAAGGCAGACACAUAUGAGCCGGUCACAUCAUCUAUCAAGGAAUUGGGACCCAAGGAGACCCUUUCGGAGAAGGAGUUUAACACGACAGCAUUCGAGUUUCUCCUGGGCAAUGGCAUGCAACAAACAAUCAUUACGAAAGAUUAUCCCUUCAAUGCCGUGGUAGAACAACACCCGCGGCUGAACCAAUCUGGUUUCCAGAAACCUGUUUCCAAUAUGGUGGGCUUCGCUCUAGCAGGCAGAGACUUGCAUGCGGACGACUAUGUACACCACGACCAUCUCCACACAGCCUACAACGAAGCCCAUAGAUAUCUUUUCUCAGUUGCUGUAACGACAUUAUUGAUGAACUCGACCGACUUCUCUAACAAAACUGCCUCGAUCGAUUAUUUUAUGACUGGUGUCAUCGUCAGUCGACCUUUCGCGAUAGCUGUGGAAUGCUUCUUACUUGUCGUCGCCAUCUUCACUGUUCUGGUUCUGUGGUUCUCCCGAUCUGCGCCCUGCAACCUGCCAUUGAACCCAUCAUCAAUAGGACGUUACAUCGAGUUAUUUGGGAAUAGUCCUGAAGUGCUGAGUGCAUUCAAGCCGGUCGACUAUACUGACGAGAAAGGAUUGCUUGAAGAAUUUAAGAUGGAUAGCUUCCAGAUGAUACCAAAGGACGGUGGGAAGAACGCGGAAGUACUACUCCAUACGAGAAUCAGACCAGCCGAGUCUUACGACAAGUCUGUUCAAAGAGGCUACUACGACCCUGUCAAACCGUUGGUUCUCAGAAGAUGGAUCGGCCUCAUCUUUAUCACUUGUUUGGUCGGGGCAAUGGCUGGUCUCACUUAUUUGAAACAGCAGGAGACUUUGCUGAACGGUCUAAUUCGGCCUUCUGAAAAUUUUGAAGUUUUGCAGCUUUUGGAGAACUAUAUACCGACCGCUUUCGCGACGCUCGUGGAGCCUUUCUGGAUUUUGUUAAACCGACUACUUUGUGUUCUCCAGCCCUUCAAAGAUCUGUGGGAAGGGAAAGUAAAGCCAAAGGACACAAUCGACGCGACUUAUACCUCGAUCCCACCUCAGCUUGUCUUCUGGAGAGCCUUGAAAUCUAACCAUUUUGUUCUUGUGUUUGUUUGCUCCAUGGCUCUACUUGCAAACCUUCUCGCCGUCGGCCUCGGUUCUCUUUUCAACGAAGAUAUAACGACUGCAAAUUACACGAUCACGAUGUCUCCAAAUUUCGCCCCUCGGUUCAAUAACGAUUCCGUUACCGAUUUAACGUUCUUCUUAAACAAAGAUCUUAUCACAACGCAUUUAUACCAAGACCAUUUCUAUAUGGCAAUGGCCAACCUAACGUCCAAUACGAUUCUCCCGCCCUGGAUGUCACAGGAGUACUACUUUCAGGGAUAUCAACUCGAGGACUCAAGCAUGAACAGAACUGGAGACGCUUAUACCGUCAAUACAAGAGGCUUUGGUGUUGAUGCCAACUGCACUGCUAUACCAGCCCAUGCAUUGACAACCGAGUACGAGGAGCCGGAGUUUUGGCCCACGGAGAAGAAGAACCUGAGUCAGUGUCAAAGCGAUGACCAAUUCAUUGCCGCAGCGGCACCAGUGAUCCGAGAGGCAGGCAACAACCGAUCAACGGGUGUUUCAGCUCUAGAGUACAGUUUGACCAUGGACAGGACUUUCUCAAUCGCUCCCUGCGCUAGAACGUUACCUUUGGCAUGGGCUCGGUCCAAGGAAGCGGCAUUUGUCAACAGCACAGUCGAAGCUAGUUUCAUGAUUUGCCGUCCGAUUUUCGAAACCGCAAUGUUCAACGUCACAGUCAAUUCCCUGGGCAAUGUCAUCUCUUACCUAAGGACGAGCAAUAUCACAUCGACGCUAGACUACGCUGAGUCGGAGCAACAUGCCGACAUCUUGAUUCAAACUUAUAACUACAGAUGGAACCAAGAUCCUCAGUGGCACAACCAUACGCUCUCUAUGAACUGGAUGAACCACUUCAUCAUGGUCCUCAAUGGUAACAGAUCAACCCUCGACCCACACAGCGCUGUCCCAGAUCCGGAAAAGCUGAGCCCAGUUGUGUCCAACAUAUAUAGGCGCGCUUUCGCUAUAUUGUUGGGUCUCAACUCUCAUAUCUUCGAAAAGAGCGACAAGAGCGAGACGGUAUCUGCAACCCGGCAUACAAAGGAGACGCGAAUAUUCAUGGAAGACGCAUCCUUCAUUAUCACCAUGACAAUACUUGCCCUCAAUACCGUCGUGGCUAUCUUGUUUUACAUCAGAGCCGUAGCCUUCGUCUUGCCACGCAUGCCAACGACCAUGGGUGCUGUCGUAUCAUAUUUUGCACCGAGUCGUCUCGCCACACCGACCUACAGAGAUGCGCCGGGUCAGUCUUCUCGUACUUUGAGUUUUGGAAGAUACAUCGGCAUGGAUGGGAAGGUGCAUAUCGGUAUUGAGGCAGACCCUCACGUUGUGCCUAUCGAUCCGCUAUCACUUGGGGCACAUAAAGACUUUUUCAAAUUUCUUAGACUGAGAAGGAAAGCUGGGGAUAAACCAAUUAGAUCUGAUACCUGGCUUUAA